AUGGUAGCCGUUGGCGAUACCAUUGAUGCCACAUAUUUUCUCUUUGGCAGUUUAGGACGACUGGUUGAUAUUGCUACAGAUACUUUCUAUUAUCCAAUUUCUUUAAAAGGAUGUUUAUUGAAAUUUUAUGUUUUACCUCGUGUAUUUGGAUCAGAAAUGGUAGCUAUGAUGAUGCUUGUUUUAUCAGUUGAAAAAGUGGUUGCCGUAUUUCUUCCUCUAUUUUAUAGAGCUUAUAGUGAUCGAUUACGACUGUCUAUGAUAGCUGCUGCUUUAAUUUACUGUAUAGUUUCAUCGAUAGUAAUGAUUGUAACAUCAGUGCUUGAUAAACGACCAGUUGUUGGAAAAAAUCGUUACUGCGGUAUUUCAACCAGUGUAACACGACCAUUUGCAUUGUAUCAUCAAUUUGGUAUUAUCACUGUAAACAUUGUGGCACUGAUACUUUGUUUCACAGCAUUUAUGGUUGUCUGGAAUCGUACAAAACGAUUCAGAAAUGCAGCUAAAGAAUUGCAAAAUAUUAAACCAAUUUUAGUUGUUUCUGCUGUAUCUACGCUUAUUCUAAUUGCUAAUAAUGUUGCAUAUGUGCUAACAAAUUUUACCAGUAUUUCUGUAUCACAAAAUUUACAGAACGUUGUUGUCACCUAUACAUCAGCAGUCUUUUCACUUUCAAAAGUUUUUCUGUAUCUGUUAACUGGUAAAGAAUUUCGUACAGCACUACGGCAACGAUGGCGACCAACGUUGACUAAUGUAGUUAAUCCAUGUUAA